AGCUGGAGUAUAAAAAGGGCUUGGAGCUCAGGGCUCCUCAUCAGCUCUCCUGCCUUCUCCUCCCGGUGAACUUGGUUUUACCUCCACUUCCCAAAGAUGACUUUCCUCCAAGGCCAGUGCGACGACGACUGCUACUCCUCCUGCAACUACGGGGGCCUCUACGGCUACCGGGGCUACGACUGUGGGAGCCCCUGCGGCUACCGGGGCUACGGGAGCCUCUACGGCUCCCGCGGCCUCUACGGCUUCGGGGACCGCUACGGCUACGGCGGCUUGUACGGCUACCGGGGCCUCUUCGGCUCCGGGGACUGCUACGGCUCCGGGGGGCUCUAUGGGGGCUACCGGGGCCUCUACGGCUUUGGGGACUGCUAUGGAUACCCCGGGUUCUACUCCGGCCGUUAUGGGUUCCCCUUCGGCUCCCGCUACGGCCGAAGGUUCAGCUUCGGGGGCUGCUACUAAAGCUGAAGGGAGCCGCCUCAAAACCCAGCCCGGGUUUGGUGGGAUUGAUGGAGAGUCCAGCGGUGGAGACCGUGGUUGGGCAGAGUUUUGGGGACAAGAGGCAUGGC